AUGAUUAUCCAUCUGGGUUUAGUAACAUAUAAAGAAAAACUAAAUGCUGCUCGUGAUUGGCUAGUACCACAGAAUCAAAAACAGGUGGAACAAUUGUGUGGCCUAUACAUGUACUGCAGAAAAUUCAUCCAAAACUUUGCUAUAAUUGCUCGGCCAUUAACAUCCUGUGGACAUGAACGCAGAAGAGCAGGAGGCAUUGGAAGCAUUGAAAAAUGCACUGGUGGUGCAAAACUUGAUUUAUCAGAAAAUUAUUUUACGUUAAAAUCCACGGGUAACACACUUUUUGAUUUAUCCACAAUUAAAGAUGAUCAGAUGAAGUCAAAUCGUACAGUUCAUGUCGCAAAAUGCUGUACCAUCAAACCCAAUCACUGUGCUCUAAUACCUGUAUUAUAA